CUUCCUUAACCCCCACAGAUGUAAAAAAAAGCUUCAUUCCGAAUUCGACAGUUGCCGGCAACAUACAAGCAGGGACGCGCCGCGAGCUUUCUGGUGUACACCACACCUGCGAAGAAGAAAAGGGGGUGAAAGAAGACAACCCUUUUCGUCCCCUGGAGAUCUCCACGCAUGGCGAUCUUGGGAAGGAGGCGAGAGCGAGAGCUAGGCGUUGGAUCGCAUCGAUUUCCAAUAAGACUGACAAGGCAUUCGUGGCGAAGACAGUUCCGCAUCCUCAUCAUUUGCCUUGCCCUCGUCGCUAUCCUCCCUCCCAUCUUCUUCCACUUCCGGCUCAAGAACUUCCGCCAGGCACAGUUUAAGAAGUGCAGUUGGCUGAGCAGUCCACCUCUUGUGUGUGCUCAUGGUGGUGACUUGUCGAAGGCAUUUGCCAACACAAUGGCUGCAUAUCAAGAUGCUCUUCGUUCCCAGGUAGACUGCAUUGAGAUUGAUGUUUCUCGGUCUUCAGAUGGUGUGUUGCUUGCUCUACAUGACAGGGAUCUGCAACGGAUAUCUGGUGAUGGCACUUCCAGAGUCGGUCACUUGAGCAUUAAAGAGAUUAAAGAACUUGAGAGUACCCGUCAGUCUUCAUUGAAGUUUGCUGAUAGCAAAGUUCUCACUGCUGCGGAAGCUUUGAAGUCAGUAUCAAGAUCAGUUCGGCAGGUGAUUCUCGACGCCAAAGUCAGUCCUCCAUCAUAUGAGAGUGGACUAGCAAAGGAUAUCCUUUCUGCUGUCGAGAUGACGGAAUGCAACAAUUGCCUCGUGUGGGCUAAAAAUGAUGAUCUAGUCAGAGAAGUAAUUAAAUUGUCGUCAAAUUUGACGGUAAGAACUUCUCACUUCUCUCUUUUCUUCAGGUUUCAGGAUAGCUACAUUGUCAUGAAAGAUCCAUCCACUGGACUAAGAAGUAAUCUCUUGAGGGUGAAAGGAGCUGGAGUAGUUGGUGUUUCCCAUCCUUUGAUUGAUGACAGGCUUAUGAGAACUCUUCAUAGUGCAAAGAAGAAGGUAUAUGCAUGGACUGUCGAUGAUUUGGAUUCCAUGCAGAAGAUGUUGUAUGAGCAUGUCGAUGCUAUUGUUACUAGUAAACCCACUGUACUUCAACAUUUGAUGCAAAAUAUCGGAACACAAUGUCUUGAAGAAGGUUAUUCUUUCUAAAUGGUUGUAGUAGCUCGAAGCUGCAUGACAUUUAUGACAAAGAGCCAUUCCUGUACUUGGUGAUCAAGCAUAGCUGGUAUAAUACGUAAUAUAUAUUGCAAGUUAAACUCUUUUAGACACUUUGAAGGGGGGGAACUGGUGCAAUUGGAUGUGAAAAGAAGCUUUGCACUAUUAAUUUUGUAUAGUUAACUUCUACAUGCCAGAGAUAUGUGUUCUUAUUGAAGAUUGUUAAUA